GCCGCGGCCCUGGUCAGAGAAGAGACGUCACGAUGAAUGCACCUCAGCGGGCCUCCGUCUCGUUCUCGGACGUGGCUGCCUCGUUCUCGCAGCAGGAGUGGGAUCUGCUGGAGCCGUGGCAGAAGGAUCUGUACAAGAAAGUGAUGCAGGAAAUCCACAGCGUCCUGCAGGACCUGGGAUACCGCAUCGAGAAUUCGGAAAUCCUUUUCCGGGUAGUGAGGAAGGACGAGCCGAGCCGCCGGUCCAGGAGCCCCAAGGAGGACUCGUGUUUUGCCCCUGAUAUCCUGUUGAGGGUAAAUUAUCACGGCGAGUCCACGGCCUCCGGCGAGCUCAGCAGCUCUGAAGCGGAUGUGAAACGAGAUUCGGUUUGCGGAUCCAACCUUUACCUGAAUGUUAAGCAAGAAGAGGAGGCGUACAGCCCGGCGUAUGACUCCCAGACGGAGGAGAGCAACGAGAGCGCGAGCUCAGAACGUUGCGUUGGGGAAGCGCCCUACACUGUAGUGGUGAAGAGCGAGAUGGACUCUGCCGCUGAGGAUCAUGAAGACGCCAUUAACGGCCCGGCUUCAGCUCAAGAGGCCGUCCAGGCGUGGAGUCCGGAUAAAGUGAGACUGAGAUCCCGGAGCCCGACCGGCGAAGAAGCCCCGGAUCCGGCUCACCGAGUCAGGACACGAAGGCGGAAAGGCGUAGCUCGCCAAAUAAAACCCGUCGCUGCUCUUCAUAACUCCAACCAAAACAAGCAAAGUGAACCCAAAGAGAGCGCGGGCCCCCGACUGCCUCGCUUGUUAAUGGAGUGCGAGUCCAGCCUGACCGGCGUUAAGUUUCCUUACGCUCCGGCCCGCAGCGGCGAGGAGAUCUUCCCGUUCUCGGCCUUUGCGAAGGGCUUCGGCUUCCAGCAAAGGGGGCAGACGUUUAUUAUCUGUAGCGUGUGCGGAAAAACGUUCUGCAACAAUUCCAGCUUCCAGGUGCACAUGAGGACGCACACCGGGGAGCGGCCCUACAAGUGCACGGACUGCGAGAAGAGCUUCAUCCGCAGCUCCCACCUGAAGAUCCACCUACGGACCCACACGGGCGAGCGGCCCUACAAAUGCCCCGAGUGCGACAAGUGUUUCCGGGACAAUUCCAGCUUUGCGCGGCACCAGCGGAUCCACACGGGCGAGAAGCCGUACCAGUGCGCCACGUGCGGGAAGUACUUCCGCAAGAAGUCCAAUCUGAAGGACCACCAGAGGACGCACACGGGGGAGCGACCCUACAAAUGCAAACACUGCGACAAAAGCUUCCACCAGAAGUCUAACUUACGGGUCCACGAAAGGAACCACAACGGAGAGAAGAAAAUGCGGCUCGACGUCUGCGAUGGUUUCUACGAAAACUACAGCGUCCACAGCAAGAAACGCCUGAUGCUGAUGGAAGAGAAGCGAUAUCGGUGCUCAGAGUGCGGAAACGGCUUCACCAGAAACUCUCACCUCAAGGCUCACCGCCGGAUUCACACGGGGGAACGUCCGUUCAAAUGCACCAAGUGCGACAAGUCCUUCAGUGAGAACUCCCACCUCACUGUCCACCUCCGGGUCCACUCGGGGGAGAAGCGGUACAAGUGCGACAUGUGCGAGAAGUGCUUCAGCGAGAAUUCAAACCUUAUUGUCCACCAGAGGAUCCACACGGGGGAGAAGCCGUACAAAUGCCCGGAGUGCGAGAUCUGUUUCAGCCAGCACUCCAGCCUGGUGCGCCAUCGCAGGAAACAUUCCGGCGCUCGCCCGUACAAGUGUUCGCAGUGCGACAAGACGUUCAGCCAGAAGGGGCACCUAAGCAACCACGUACGGACGCAUACCGGCGAGAGGCCGUAUAAGUGCGCCGAGUGCGGCAAGUGUUUCAGUGAACAUUCCCACCUCACAGGACACCAGAAGAUACACACCGGGGAGAAGCCCUACACGUGCGACGUGUGCCAAAAGGGGUUCAGCAAGAUCUCCAACCUGAAAGCUCAUCAGCAGAUCCACACCGGCUUCCGCCCUUAUAUCUGCACGCAGUGCGGGAAGAGCUUCACCCAACACUCUACCUUGGUCCGACACCAACGGGUCCACGUGGGCAAGAUGGAGUCGUUCUGGAGAAAAAUGUACGAGGACUCUGUGGGGACCACCAAGGACAUGUCGUGGAAGGACGACCUAGUAAUCCGAAAUAUAGAUUGCCAGGAUACAAAGGAAGCCACAGAACAGGAUGGGGUUUCCUGACCAUCCCCCAGCCGGGAAUAUUAAUUGAACUCUUCCCGAAACUAGACUUCGCAUUCCUGUGUACGUAACGUCGGAGAUUCAGCACAUUCGGGGGGGAUACAUAAAUAUCUGCGCUCAUCCAAUGUAUUCGUGUUCCUCUCGGUUCUGAUAAUUUAAUGUAAUUUAUUUGGAGUUUCCUGCAUGUUAUUUAUUAAUUCCUAACAAAUAUUCCCGCGGCGGCAGCUUUUAGCUGUCGGAUCAGCUGUUGCCGCGGAGCGUCCUGCCCCGUGGAUCUUAGGGGUUUAAAAGGCAGAGGAUUAGGCUCGGUCUCCGUCUUGAUCUUUCGCUAGUUCAGAGUGUCUUCGGGUUCCACGGAGAGGGCAAGAAAGCUGUGACCGCAGGGGGGAUGGUCAGAAUGAUUCAGGCGUUCGUAGGACACAUCCCCAAGGACUAGAUUGUAAUAAAAAAAAAUAUCCCUCUGGAUAGAUGGCGACCAUCUCUGGGGUCAGUAUGGUUUCUUCAGCUUGGGAAUGCACAGGUGGCGUGUCAGGAGCCCCCCGCAAUGUAACAUGGGGGGCUUGUGAAGCAAUUUCUAUAAACUGACUACUGACUGUAAAACAUUAAACACCAAAAACAUCUACGCGAA